AUGCAGCCUUCCGCUUUGGCGCACACAAUUUCUUUACAUCGUGUGUGGUUUCCUGCUUCUGAAAGCAGUGGGAAUGGAUUGGGGGACAAAUUAGCUUCAUCUGCCGAAUUGGAACCGAUCAUUGUCAUCAAGGAGGAUGGGGAUGCCGGCAAAUGUGAGAGACAGGGGAUCAUUGAGCAAUGUACCUUGCUUCGUUCAGUAUUGGGAAGAUUUUGUUGGCCGCUAUUGGUGAAGCUGGGGAAUUUGGCGGCUCAGAGGCACGCCACUGGUAGGCAUGAUUUGCAUUGGGUGGGCGCGACUUCACCCGUUGCGGAGGAGGGUAUUUUUGUGCAAGUCCCGUCCUGUCACUUCACUUCUGAAUGUAUGCGUGCUGCAACAAGUGGUACGGCAAUGGAUGUGAUAUACUACAAUAGCCUUGGUAGCCGCUGGUGGAGGGAUGGAGAAAAUAAGGGUGAUUCUUGCGAGAGCAUUGACCUUGAAAGCGCUGACAUCUUUGAUGAGGGUUAUAUAUACGGCUUUGCUCAAUUUGUGGAUGUGGGGUAUGCAACGGAGGGUCUGAUGCUUUCCGCCUUUUCCACUUCGCCUUUGUUCAACAUGCUGCGCACGGUGGUCCUUGAAACAGUGCCGCAUCUUUUUUGCGCUGCGAGGGAUUUUUAUUUCGAUCGUCGCACCGUUUCGCGGGCUGAGGAGAAAAGAACCGUUUCUGCAGUUUACGCUGAAGUCAUGUCGCCGUUAAGGGAAAUCGUGGAUACGCGAAGUGCCGCUUGUAGCACACCUGCAAACAGGCACUUUUAUCUAUCUUUUUCGCAUACAAGGGUUUCCAUUGUUCGCCCAGAUGAUUUGCGCUACCCUUUUGUCAAUGCCCCACUGUCCACCCUAUUCCUGAGUUUUUCUUACGAUGCCCUCCGUGUCAUCCAUUCGCUUCUUUUGCAGGAGAGGCGAGUGGUAUUUAUCGGAGCGACACCACAGCACGCUUCCGCGUGUGUUGUGAGCGUCCAGGCGAUGCUUUCUCCGUUCAUCUGGACGCUGCCGAUUGUUCCAUAUAUGCCGCCCGAGGCAUGUGAGAUUCUUGAGGCACUUGGAGACUCGGGGUUCAUAUUGGGGUCAACAGCUGAAAUGGUACCGCACCUGAUGCUUCACAGCGGUCUCUCCAGCCCCCAGCGGUGCUCCUCUUCUAAUGAAAAGGUUGCAGAGAAUGAAAGGGGUCGCAUCUGGUUUGCGGAUGGUCGCACGGGUGUGGUUGGCGUCUCUCCCCUCGAUGCAGACGUUGUUCCAUUUACCAUGCUGGACCUGGUGCCUCCAAGUGAAAAGGUGAAGGAAGCAAUGAAGCGGAUUGUUUCCAAAGAAGCGCGACAAUUGUUUUCUGUGGCACUUUCGUCAACGGCCGCACAGGACUUGGGAAUUGGCUCUCUGUGGUCAUCCACAUUGAAACAAUGUGUCGCUUUAGCCGAUUUGGAAGAAAUGCAUGGGGCUUUUCUUGAGUAUAGCGUUACUCGUCUCGUUGGAAAUUACAGGAAAGGGCUGAUUCCUGCGAGUAACGGCAUUGGAGACGCUGGCGGUAGCCCUGCACAUAGGUUGCGAUUACAGGGUGGUGUUGCGUUUAUUAUAGACUACACACGCUUUCUGCCAUACAAUCUUGAGAACAACGCAACACUCGCGCGGCGUAUUGCCGGAACGCGGAUGUUUUGUCACUGGGAAGACACGGUCGCAUCCCUUGAAACCGUUGGAGUGUUGCGCUCUCUUGUUGGGGAGUUUGUACGAAGUCGUCUCCGGUCACGCCAACGAGGCCCUGUCAAUUCACCCCCACGCGAAAGGGAGACACCUGCAACUCACUACUACCUCUCACACCCUCGCAUGCUUGGAAUGUUGCGUAUAUUUUAUACACGCAGCAUGCGGCGUUUUCCGGAGCUUUAUAGUGAUUUACAAGGCAGUGAUCUGGCACGGCUGAGUGAAGGUGCCAGUGUGUUCUUCACAACGGGCAACAGCUCCACCACCAUCAAGGGUAGUAGUCUUAGCUGUAACAACGGUAAUAGCAGCAGCAGCAGCGGUGGCAAGAAUUCAAUGCGUUCCUUCUUUUCUAAGGCAACGAAGGCGGUAAAGAAUAGCCUGGCUUCACGCUAUAAUCGAAUUCCCGUGCAGGUAUUUGUACAGGCGUAUGGAAGUUUUGCAAACAAGACGAAUUAUGAAAAGGACCCCAAUAAACCCGCAUCAUUGAGUAAGACAUUUAAAAGCAAUGCCACCGCCACCGCCGCCGCAUUUGCGCCAACUCAGCAAUUAAGUUACCCGACGAUCCCCUUAUCGCCAACUGCUACAGCGGCCACUGACGUUGACGAUGACCUUUGCGGAACAUGUUCGAACUUGUAUGGUGCUUACGUUGAGGACAGUGAUGCGUUACGUUCCCUAUCGACGAGUGACGAUCAGUCAACACCUUCUGUUGUUUGUCGGCGACUACCCUUAGAUGUUAUCCAUCAGUUUGGUCGCUACCACACACUUCUGGACUCAAGAACGGAUUCGAUGUAUACAACAGGAGGGCGUGGCGGCACGGCGUCGGGGCCAUCUGUGGAUGAACUAAAAAGGUUUUUGGAGUUUGGACAGCUGUUUGCAGCAGACUCGGGCGUUUGGUCGGUCCUUGAAUCCAAGCGACUGACUCUGCUUAGCAUGCCAGAGGAAAUAUCAUCACCGUCGCCAGAACAACAGCAACAGCAACAGCCAUCUUUACUUUUUGCAUGUAAUAACGAGACCAACUGCGGGGGCGUUGUUUUUCAAGCACAGCCUCUCCCGUUUUCGAUGGAUCUUGUCACGCGUGCAGUGGAGCUUCCGCCUGUUCCUGAUACCCUUUCUUUUAAUAAGCAAUCAGGGAAUGCCACAGCUGCAAUGGGGGGCUCAUCUGAUCUAGGGAGCUACCAAGGAUCUGCCGGUGCUGCUGGUAAUGUCAUGGAUGAUUUUUUUUCUUUUGCUACAACGCAUUCCCAUUCCUCAUCAGAGUCUGCUAAUGCCUUUAAGCAGUUGGAGGAGUUUUUUCAGUGA